AGAAGCUCAUUGACGCGUGAAAUAAUUGAUACGCGUCACGGUCUUCCGCGUAUCAGCGGCACUACUCUAUUCUACGACUGCGCUUGAUCUUCUUGACCCUUAACACCAAUUGACCACCAACAGCAAGAUGAUGCGCACAGAGACGAGAUUCGAUCCUAAGCGGAAAAGAGUCGACCAUAAAAAGACUCAAUUCGCAUCCGCCACAUACAAAGAGCAAGACUACCCAUACCGAUUAUCCUUUUACAAUGUCCCACCCACUCAAGAAAUCAGUCUGGAAGAGUUCGAGACAUGGGCAAUAGACAGACUGAGAAUCCUUGCCGAGCUGGAAGCCUGCUCGUUCAGAAACAGGUCUCCUCAAGAAACAGCCGCUCACAUCGAACCAUUACUCAAGAAGUAUCUCCCACUCUCUGCCAACUCAUCAGCUGCCGGUGGUGUCGUCGAUCAGCGUCUGCGAAAUGAAAGACGCAAGGAUCACUACUCGCAUUUCAUCCUACGGCUCGCGUUCUCCGGCACCGAAGACCUGCGGCGGCGCUUCGCCCGGGUGGAAACCAUGCUCUUCAAACUGCGCUUCCAAGCCGACGACGGUCGAGAAAAAAGGGCGUUCGUCGAGAGCCUCAAUCUGAACUGGGACGUGGUACAGGAAGAGGAAAAGAGAGAAUUAGGCGAGCAGCUUCUCUCGGCAACACCGGGUCUCCGUCGCCUUGAGGAUGAAAACUGGUUCAAAGUCGAUUGGACCCGAGUUCCAGAGCUGGUAGAACAUCGUUCAGUCUUUGUCAGGAAGGGCAAAGCAUAUGUCCCCAUGAAAGAACAGACGAGCAUGGUCCUGACAGAAUUCGCCAACCGUCUCGAGAAGGGUCUUGAAUCGACUUCGAGAGCACUUCCUCGCCUCGACGAAGACGACCGCCUCACCCCAAUCCUGGACCACCUGUCCAAAAACUUCGCAACCCCGGACGCUGGCUACUCCGAAUCCGACUCCCCCCUGGCCGGAGCUCCCAUCUCCGCCGCCAACAUCGACAACCUCUCCCAGCACUUUCCGCUAUGCAUGAAACACCUACAUACCACGCUUCGCAAAAACAGCCAUCUCAAACACUUUGGUAGACUCCAGUACACUUUGUUUCUGAAGGGCAUCGGUCUCACUCUCGAAGACUGUCUAUUGUUCUGGCGCCAAUCCUUCAAACUCAUCACCGACGACCAGUUCAACAAAGGGUACAGAUACAACGUGCGUCACGCCUAUGGUGAUGUGGGAGGCGACGUCAACCGCCGGGGACGAGGAUACGCGCCCUAUUCAUGCCAGAAAAUCCUGACUGAACAUCCACCCGGCACGGGCGAAGCGCACGGCUGUCCGUAUCGACAUUUCAGCGUCGACAAUCUCACCAGCAUGCUUCAGGCCACGGGCGUGCAUGACCGCGAAGUCCUGCGCGGCGUGAAAGAGGAUGUCGAGAAGAAGAGGUUUCACAUCGCAUGUAACCGCGUCUUUGACUGGGCGCACAAGACGGAGAUCAAGAAAGUCAAGGACGAGGGAAUUUGGGGUCCCGCGGAACUGGAGACCAUUGUGCAUCCGAACACGUACUUCAAACGGUCGUAUCUGCUGAAGAAUCUUGGGAAUGCGCCGAAACAGGAUGUCAAGAUGGAGGAGUGAUGGAUGGAUUACCAAGUAGUUUUGACAACGAAUGGCGUUUGGGCGAUGAUCAGUACAAUGGUUAGCGAAUGGGUGCGGUCUCAGGCACUUUUACUGUAUUUGAAUAUCAGU